CUCGGAAACAAGUCGUGGGCCACGCCUCCGCGCGGAGGCGAGGAUUUCUUAUUUUCCUAGUGCGGAGCAACGAGAGCCAGAACGUGAACGAUCGGCUAUCCGAAGAGAGCCACAACGUAUGUCCGAGAUGUUGAUCUUCUGCUACGAUACUUGUUCGUGGUAAAAUAGCAGAAUAUUGUGUCGGUCUCAAGAAGAAUGAAAAUUAUGAAGUAGCGAGUCUCAACAUGCACUGUACACUCACGGACAUGCUCGUAAUUCAUUGAGCUUUCGGUCUUGAUGCGGUUCCUUCUGUACUUCUGAAAAAUGCAUUUAUUAUCCGUAUACUCACGCAAUAUAAUCUUGGAGGGAACGAACGUGGAAUCAUUAACCUUAAGUUAAGGUAUUGAAACCUUAACUUUUCGGGAUUGAGUGUUGCGGUGCCGACCUCUGUGCCUUCCGUUCUGCGGCAAAAAGCAUCAAAAAAUGCACCCGGAAAGCACGUCUCCGCCCGCUGUUCAGAACGAACGAUGUGGGGCAAUGUGUCUCGUUUUCAUGCCGCCCGCGCCAUCAGCAAUCGGCGGGGCCGCGUGUGUUCGUCGGCAGGAUGAUGAGGCGGCGAGAGUUGCGAAGCAACUGGCCCGCGCCAGUCGAGCAGCGGCUGGGGCUGUAAAUGUGCUGCCAGACGGCGGAACCAGGCUGCGGCCUCAUAUUUGGGGCGGGGGCGGCCGGUGCUGCUUCUGCCCCUAUAGCCGGCCUCUUCGGCGGCACGCGCCCGCUUCGCAGUUGGGGCAGGGCAACUCUCUGGCGACUGCACUUCCGGGCCUCGGCAUUCCGGCCGGAUUUGUUUUCCAAUUCCACUACUUCUUCCGGGCUUGCAAGUUAAAGCUCCGGCUGCUCGAUGUGGCAGGCCCUGCCGGGCGCCGCUUCGUCUAAUUUUCGUGCUGCCCGGCACUGCCUGCGCAGCCCGCGGACUAAUUUUCGUGCGGAGGCCAGAGCUCGGGCCCUUCCUUUGGUAAGCGCUGCGGGGCAGAGUGUCUUGCGGGACGGGCUUGGGCGCCCGAGGCUGUCGCGUGUCGCAGCUUCAGGGGCGUGGCGGUGGUGGGACUGGUUGCGCAACUCAGGGCGCCUGAGGUUGGUAAUUGUGAUGCUCGGCGCGUUCGCUGCCGCCGGGCCCUUCGUUCGUUGCAUGCUUGGUGCGGGGGCGAUUUUUCGUUCUGCGAUUCGGGGGAAGGGGGGGCGCCACUUGAUUUAGAAGGCCCGGGGCCGGGGGCUUUUUGAAAUCCCAGACAUAUCCUGGGGCGCUUCGGGGAAGAGGCCACCGGAGUUUCUUCCGCCUGGCCAUGGCGCCAAACAGUUCGAAGGGCCAAACAGCCUCUUCACGCGGGGCAGGCUGGCCCGCGUGAAGAGACUUGGUGUUUGGUUCUGGCGCCGGGGUCUUUCGCGUCGGUAGGGGCCGCGCGCCCGGCGGCGGGGGGCAAGGGUGGCGGGUUGGCAUGUCUUUUUGGUCUCCCGGAUCGCUCUGUUCUGCGGCCUUCGCGGUGACUCCGGAAAGGAAAGACUUUGAGGUAUUUGGUGGAGUCCAAAGUCUCUUUCCCGGAUUGAAUCCGGGAAGUUAAGGUUUUGAGACCUUACCUUAAGGUUUCAAAACCUUAACGUAAGGUUUUGAAACCUUAAGGUAAGGUCUCAAAACCUUAACUUCCCGGAUUCAAUCCGGAGCCAGGAGGUCUCAAAGUCUUAACAGCGACCUCAGGAUCCGAGCUCCCCGAAAGAUGCAAGCCGGCGCCCCCGGUUCCCCACCAAACAAUUCGGACGUCUGUCCGAGAUGUUGAUCUUCUGCUACGAUAUUUGGUCGUGGUAUAAUUUUUCUCAGCAGACUAUUGUGUCGGUGUCAAGAAAUAUGAGAAUUAGGAAGUUGCGAGUCUCAACAUUGUACAGCGAGUCACUGUACACGACUCACGGAAAUGCUCGCAAUUGAGCUUUCGGUCUUGAUGCGGUUCCUUCUGUACUUCUGAAAAAUGCAUCAUUAACCGGCGAGUUUGUAAUUGUACACUCACACAAUAUAAUCAGCAGCGCGGAUUUAUUGCGAAAGGUAUUUGUGGACGACUCAGGAGCGCACUACGUUAACCAUCCCUGUAUGAUUUUGCAGAUACGCACAGAAUUUCAAUUUGGCGAAAUGUUUUUGUGAAGCAGAAAAGAUAUUAUAGAUGAAUAGCAACGUUACGCAUGAAGAUUGAGAUUUUUUUCUGAGCUCUUUAUCUACAUUUUCUCGGCUGCCCUGUGCCCGCCGUCCGAGGAGGUUUAGAAAAUGAUAGAACAAGGACCUUUCGCUGUCACUUUUAGUUGAAGCUCGGUUUUAUUUCUACUUGAAGAAGGCAGCCGAAGAUGGCCUCGACGGGCAACAACAGUUUCCGGGCAACUGCCCAGUUUGCAGGUACUACGGAGGCGUUGACGAGUCGACGCACGCUGUCGCAGCACGCGGCUUCCACGAUGCAAAGCAAAAUAAGGUACUCUGCCGGUACUUCUAAAGCCUCAUCGUCGUCGGGAGGGCGUAGCUCAAUUGAAGAUGUUUGCCUCGCUCCGAACCAGUUUUCCUGCACGGCGCACUGCUGCAUCGGUUGUUGCACAGCCUGCUACGUGAUUCUGGCACUCCUGGUAUCCUGAGUAAAAACGUACCCACACCAGAGUUGUAAUGCAGAUUUGCAAAGACAGGAAGACUUGUAAUGCGCAUCCCCAUGAGAGCCAUUUCCAGUCGUGUUUUGGAAUUUGUGAUGCUGUGAACAGGAUGAGCAGCUGGAUUUGUGAUGCGGCUGCACUUGCUAACCUGCACUACACUGCAGAGUGCAACUUGUCAUGCGUGACUCACAAAACUCCUAUGUUUGUGUUGCAAAAUCCCCAUCCUGGCUCUGGUGUGGGUACGUUUUUACUCAGGAUACCUGGUCACGGCUUUGCUGUUUGUUUCGAGUGACAUAUUUAUCGUACGAAAAAAGUGUUUCACUGUAAGGAUUUUGCAAGUUUUGCAACACAAGUUUGCUCUACAUGACAGGGAAAACUUGUCAUGCGAGGUUCCUAAGGGAAAACACAGCUAAAAAUCGCCUGUCUUGCAUGUGUAGCAAGACAAACAAUUCUGAGAUACAGUUUCUGCAUUACAAGUUUACAGUGAAACUACAGUUUUUUCUUGCGAUAAUAUUCAGCGAGGUGUUCUCGUUUUCCGACUUGGUGAAGCUUUCGCGGCGCAACAUUGACGAUGACAACCCGUCGACCAGCCUGUCGCGGACCACGUACCUGAUGUAUUACAUGACCAACACUGUGUAUGCAAGAAAAAAACUGUGUAAGUGUAAGUCUGUGAUGCAGAAAAUGCAAAACAGUUUACACUUGUCAUGCUGGACAUGCAUCAGAGGCUCUGUAUUCCAUACGUGUUUUCACGUACUAGCCGCGCAUGACAGGCUCUCUCUGUCAUGCAGAGCAAACUUGUGAUGCUAUUCCUCCAAGAAAGUUAGACUAACACAGUUUUUUCCGUGGAUACCGUGUACCAGCAUCGCCCCGGGUGGAUCGUCGCUAUGUGCGAGCUGAUAUGUCUCGCUGUCGUGCUUAUCAAAUCCAAAUAUGUCUGGGUCUGGAUGGUUGGAACUUGUAAUAUGCUAGCUUUCCAAACCUAGAAAAUCUGUGUUGCGUAACCAACAAAAGUCGCAGCCUCUUUUGUACAUGCGAAAACGCAGCUUCUCAUGCGAAUUGCCUAUGAGAAAGCGUUCUGGAAAGUUGUCAUGCUGGGUUGCGUCCGGAACUGUUUCCAUCAUCCACAUUUUAGCAUCACAAGUUUCCAGACCCAGACAUUUUUGCAUUUGAUAGUGCUGUGGGUCGUGCACUGCCGCACCCGAAAUUUGUCGUUCACCGAGGCAGUCGAGCAAACCAAGCAGGCUAUCUUAGAGGAAGAAGAGGACCGAGGUUUAGUUUCGGCCGCUGCAGCGGGUCCGGGUGCAAGCGGCAACUAUAAUGCUGCGCAAAGCAGUUUAGAAAGGCGGGCACUACUAGCAGACGAAGGACAACAACCAGGAGGAGACACGACCACUAUCAAAUGCAAAUAUGUCUGGUUCUGGAAACUUGUGAUGCUAAAAUGUGAAUUGUGGGCGGGCUGCAAUACGCAGCCAAGCAUGACAAAUUUUUCAUCUGCUACUGUGUAUCGUUUUCCGCAUGGCAAACUGCGUUUUUGCAUGACAGGCAAGAGGCCCUUUUCCUGCUCAUGCAUUGCAGAUUUAUGAGUCAUGCCAGGCAAGCAUGACAAGAAACUUGCAUUCUUCCAGACCCAGACAUAUUUGCAAUGCAUAACCACCACUAUGCUACAACUCGCCGGCAACAGGGACUCCGACCAGCUGGCGAAACGGUUCGCACGGCAAUUGACGGCCCGGGUGCGGGACGGCGCGGGCGACUUCGCGCUGUCGACGAAGCACGUGGUAAACGCGUCGCUUUCGACAUAUGGCGUUCUCAACUGUUACAUUCUCAACUGUUGCAUGAAUUUGUGAUGCAAGAAUGGUAACAGGGAAAGGCCGGAUCUUGCAACUCUUGCAUUACAAAUUCGGCACAGAUUCCCACGCUGUUUAGCCCUUCCAAAAUUUGUCAUGCGGGGUAGCUUCACUGUGUGAACGUUGACGCUCAUUUUGCAUGACAAAUAAUGUAUACAGUUCUUGAGAAUGUAACGUUUGAGAACGCCAUACGACAAACGCCACCACGACCCCGACGCACCUCCGCGACGAUGCUACAACCACUAUCAGAAUGAAACAUCCCCCCUCCCCAUAUCAAAACGAAGUUUCUGAUGCUGGAUUUGCGUACACAAAUCAGAUUUGUCAUGCUGGCGAGGACUGCAGGCCGAUAUCAAGCCUGAAAAGACAGGCUUUGGCCUCGGCGCUUAGCAUGACAGACGUCUACGCUUUAGGAGCAUGAGCAUGACAAACCGCCUGUAGAAUACUGCGGAGCCUGUGGAGUUGCCUUCGUGCAACAUAGAGAUGAUUUGUGGUCACAAAUCAGCAAGACAAAUUUUCGAAAACGUACCUUGUCAAUAUGGGGAGGGGGGAUUUUUCCUUUUGAUAACCACCGUGAGUGCCGAGGAGCGCAAGAUGCUGCAGCAGGAGGAAAGCUCCUUGCAAUUUUCCAGCAUUUUAUUAUCCGGAGGAGGUGGAGGUCCUCAGGCCGCUCGCACAAGUGAGCAGCAGAGCGAGCACUUUCUGGUCCGCCAAUACAAGAGCGCGCAAUUCUAUCGUAAGAAAAAACUGCUUCACUGUUGUAAUACACCUGUAAUGCAGAAGACGCAUCAAGAACACAGCAGUGUUUUUCUUGCUAUUUUUCCUGCAAGACAGUGCAUGUUGAUGUUUCGACGUGUUGUUUUCUCUUAGGACCCUCGCGCGGCAAAUUUGCGUUGUUAUGUAGAGCUGCAAACUUCAACUUGUUAUGCAAGAAAACUUGCAAAAUCCAAUCCUUACAGUGACACACUUUUUCGUACGAUAAAUUCGCGACCGUGAUCUGGAUCCGGGUCGCCGUGGCCCUGCUUGGGGCCAGCUUCUUCACGCACCUGGGGCUCGGACUUUUGUACCAGGCCGCACAAAUAUCUCCCAGAAAAAGAGGACACGCAGGUCAUAUUGGUUUUGGUAUUUGUAUAUGCAAAAAAAAAAAGAUAUGCGUUGCAGGUCCUAAACAGCACGCUAUGGGGUCUUGACCCAUGGCAGAUUUUUCUGCUAUUUUGUUUCUGCAUUUUUACAAAUAUCAGUAUGCCCUGCCUGCUUUUUUCUCUGGGAUACAAGACCACCAUGGAACUCAACCCGUCCAGUGGAUACGUGACCGACGUCGGAGUCAAGUACCAAAUUCCGUUUUUCGUGCCCGCUUUGAUGUGUGUUUACAUUCUGACGGUGCUCAACCCCUACGCGCUGGGCUUGCGCGAGAGUGCGUUCGUUUGCUGCGAGUGCUGCAGACGAAGAUCAGGUCGUGCUGCGAAACUAAAGGUGGACAACAUCGACAGCGAGGGCUCGACGAUCGGGCUUGCAGGAGCAAGUGUGGUUGGCGCGCCGGUGCUGGGGCCUACACAAGAAGAUGAACUGCAGGAGAUGAAUGCAGAGGACGCGACGCUCAUGCGCGAGGCGAUUGAUCUAGAACUCGGUUCCCAGGAGAUCUUGCUUCGGGCGCGCAACUCGGUCGCGACGACAUCUUCAAGGGCGUCGGCCGCGACGGCAUCUUCGGGGGGGCGGCCCGCCGUUCCCUUUGCACAAUUUACUGCAACAGCUCCUGGAGGUGGUGGACUUGCGGCAGGUAGCCAAUAUCCUUCCGAGGCGAGAGGAGAUCCGCUAAAAGGAGACUACACGUCGGAUAUGGACGAAAUAGAGGAGCAAUUUUGCUGCGACAACUGCUGUUGUUUGUGCAUGAAGGAGAUCAUCUUCAGUGGCAGCUGCACGUCGAUCUACCUGGUCAGCAUUUUUCUGUUUUUCACCUGCGCCGUGGUGCCGAUGUUGCUGUCCCUGAUUCUGGAAGACCAUGACGACCAAAACAAGAUCCAGAUGGUGACCGUAGACCUGAACCGCACUCACUGCCCGAUUUCGCAGUACCUCCCCGGGCCGGACCUAUCAAAUGCAAAUAUGUCAUUUGGGUCUGGACGGAUCCGAACUUGUGAUGCGUGUUUCGGAUCCCACAAAGAUCUGUCAUGCAGAACGUGCAAAAGGUGCCAACUUCUGGCCAUGCUGAGAGGGCAUUUCUCAUGCAGAAUAAGUACGCAUCACCACGGAGCUGCAGAACCUGUGAUGCUAGGCCCUGCAUUCCAGACGUGGGGGAGCUUGAAAAAACGGCAUGACAAAUGUCGGAAUCUCCCAGACGACCCAGACAUUUUUGCAUUUGAUAGGACCUCACCGGCGUCAACAUUCCGCUGUACAACGCGACCGGCGAGGAGGUGCCCGAGCGCUUCCUGAACACGUCGAGUAGCUUAUCCUAGGUAAAAACGUCCCCACCCCAGAGUCAAGAUGGGGAUUUUGCAACACAAACCUAGGAGUUUUGGAAGUGACGCAUGACAAGUUGCAGUCCGUAAGGUAGUGCAAGAUGAUAGCAAGGACAGCCGCAUUACAAAUCGAUCUGCUUAUCCUUUUUACAGCAUUACAAAUUCCCAAACACGAUCGAAAACGCCUGUCAUGGGGAUGCGCAUCACAAAUGCUCCUGUCAUGGCAAAUCUGCAUGACAACUCUGGGGUGGGCUCGUUUUUACACAGGAUAUAGCUUCAUCCCCUUGAAUCAAACCGACAUGGAGCGGGUGGGGUACGUGAACGUGCCACAGGACGGCAGCCUGACCCCGAUUUUAUGGAUGUUCUGGGACAAGGGCAUUGCGGGGGCGCCCUGCUCCGUCCGGCGCGGGUACCUGGCUUGGGUCCGGGCUUUGCAGAACAGUUGGCACCCCAUAUCAAAAGCAAAAAUCCCCCCUCCCCAUAUCAAAACGAAACUUCUGAUGCUGGAUUUGGAUACACAAAUCAAAUUUGUGUUGCAGUAGAGGAAUGCACGCAGAUCCUGAGCCUAAGCGGCGGCCUUUUGGUGUGGGCGCCUAGCACGGUAGACGGCUACCCUGUAGGCCUUACAGCAUUACAAAUCGCCUGCAUAACAUGGCGGACAGCCUGAGUUUGCCUUCUUGCAAGACGGACCAGAUUUGUGCUCACAAAUCAGCAACACAAAUUUUCGGAAACAUACUUUUUCGAUAUAGGGAGGGGGGAUUUUUCCUUUUGAUACCCCAGCGGGCGCAAGUGGACCAUCGUCUUUCUGAGCACCAUAUGGAUUGCAAAUGUGUCUGGGUCUGGAAACUUGUAAUGCUAAAAGUGAAUGAGACUUCCACUGGCACUGCAAUACGGAGCCAAGCAUGACAAAUUUUUUGGGCUCCCAUGUGUAGCGUGUUCCGCAUGGCAAACUGCGUUUUCGCAUGACAGAUAAGAGGACCGCUUCGUGCCCAUGCAACACAGAUUCUCGAGUCAUGCCAGACAAGCAUGACAAACUUGCACCCUUCCAGACCCAGACAUAUUUGCAGUUGAUACACCAGCAAUUACAAGCGGUACGUGUCGCAGCGGGUGAUGGAAUCCGUCGGCAUUUACCUGAGCCCGCCCCGGUUUUCCGACCUGGUAAGGCUCACCGUGCUCCACCGGUUUGGGGGCGCUUACAUCGACGCCACCUCCUUCCCGACAGAGAACCUGGACUGGCUCAACGCCCGGUUCCAGCCCUGGCAGAAGGGCGCGCUGCCGGGGACCCCGCACGUCCCCGCGGAGAGUCCGGGCGACGGAAAAUACCAGAGCCCGGUGGAUGUGAAUGCGCAGGUGUUUGCCUUCAACAUUCCCCAGAUGGAAGACGGCGUGACCAACUUGCCCAUGUUGGAGUCCUGGUUUAUCGCCAGCCCGGUGGCCGCGGAGUUUACCUGCCUCUGGAAGCAGGAGUUUCAGGAAGUGGGAAUCCUGGGCACGAAGGCCCAGCUGCGGAAACUUUGGUCCCCCAAGGGGCCGCUCGGGGGGCGGGGGACGAUUCAGAACAUGAACGAGCCGCGGUACUUCUCCAUCCACGUGGCGCACCAGUUUUUGAUGCAAAAAUACCGGUACCUGAACGAACCCAUCGCGCCCAAGGGGUUCCAGCCGGCGCAGGGUCCUGUGGUGCCGAUCGACGACGCGCCGGCGCUCCGCAUGUCGGACCGGUUUUUCGUGCAGUGGGACUCGGCCUACAACUAUCAAAUGCAAAAAUGUCUGGGUCUGGAAAGUUGUGAUGCAGGUCACUGAAUAAUAAGGACACUGUAAUGCGCCGCCAAGCAUGACAAGUUUUUCCAUGCUUCUGUGUUGCGUAUUCCGCAUGAGAAACUGCGUGUUUGCAUGACAGGCCAGAGGAGCUCUUGGUUGCCACGCAAUACAGAUCCCAGAGUCAUGCCAGACUAGCAUCACAAAUCUCGCAAUCUCCCAGUCCCAGACCCAGACAUUUUUACAAUCCAUAACAACGGCCCCUUCUGGAUCCACGAAAAGUUCAACGCCCUGGGGAAACCCAACGUAUCAAAUGCAAAUAUGUCUGGGUCUGGAAACUUGUAAUGCUGAGUGGUGAGUAGUGAAUUCUCUGUAAUGCACAGCCAAGCAUGAGAAAUAUUUGCGCGGCUUAGUGUUGCGCUUUCCGCAUGACAAACUGCGUUUUGCAGUCUCAAUGAAAUGAAAUGACAAGCAAAAGGGUCUCUCCUUGGACGCGCAUGACAAACUCUUCAGUCAUGCCAGACAAGCAUGACAAACCUUGCAUCCUUCCAGACCCAGACAUAUUUGCAUUUGAUACAACGAGGCCUCGAACAUUUUCUUCCGCCAGCAGCCGGGGCCCGAGGGAAUGCCGCGGUACUUUAUCAAGCUGGCCGGCGGCGGGGGUGGUGCGGGCACCGACGUGCCCGACAUGAUCGAGGGCAGCUACGCACAGCUGUCGUUGUACCCCACGGGCUACCCGGGGGCGGAACACGUCCGGGAAGAGUGUCAGGUGAAGCCGAAGGACCGCAGCGACUACUGGACGCAACAGAUCCAGCAGGAACACAUCAAAAUGACUGGGAUGCCCUUCCCGGAGUUGUGAACGGAGGGAAAGGAGGUCGAUGUUGUUCUUUAGUACAGACAGCCAGGAACCACUUGUUUUUUGUGUUUAAGCUAUUGAUUUAGAUUUUCAACAUUCAUCGUCAAAAGAUUUCUCGUAUAUCUGCACCUGCAGCCAGAUGUUGACAACUUUUUCUUUUAUAUUCAUAUUCAUUCAAAAAGCAAAGGCGCACGGGUUGCGCUUCGGCUCCAAGCGACGCCUUCGCGAUGACAGCGCACUCAACAUUUUAGUUUGAACAUUCCACGUUAACGGUAACUCAUUCAUGCUACAUACUUUUAUAGCUAAGUACUUCGACACAUCACGAGGCUUGUUGUAGGAUAAUUUUCAUACAUUUGCAUAGUCGACGUCGACACCGACGCAAAACAGAGGAGUUGCUAUCACCACAAUUACACACUGAUUUAUCGUAAGUUCUCGCUUCACAGAAAUUUUUGCCGAUCUGACCUUCUAACACGAGCGACGUUUUGUCAGAUGCUUUUCAUAAUCUGCUGGCGUUUUUAUUUACAGGCUAUUUUUGUAGGGUUCCUCAGAUGGCACUGGCAGACAGAGCACAGAUGAGGAGGUCCACCAUCUGUACUGCUCCAGUAAAGUAGUGAGGACACCACGACUCGCCAUCAGGGACAUCUGAAGUUACUUUUUCUCG